UUUCAGGAAAUGUUUUUGUGAUGGUAGAUUCCAUCAUACGAUUCAAUUGAUGAUAUUUUAAUAUCGAAAAGGAUUUUGGUGAUAUUCAGAAGAUGUUUUCCACGUAAGACACUGAUGAAAGCUUAUAUGGGAGUACAUGGUUCAUGAAAGGAGUCUGGGACCACACACAUGUUCAUAAGUAGCUGGGCCAUGUGAUGGGUCAAAACUCAAGUCAAGCCGACUCCCCCGUGGUGCCUGUGGGGGCACUGCAGGCUCACCUGGACGUGUUGAAGCGAGUGGCUCACCUGACCUAUGAGGAGUUCUGUCAGUCCGUGAUGGAGCUUAAUCAAAUCACCAAGACAUUCACUGACCACCGCGGGAAACAGCUACAGUUCCAUGUGAAGAAGGGCUCGGACACGACUGUCCUGUGGAAGGCCACGGUCAGGGUCAGGUGCAUGAAGGUAAACACACAUACCAAUAAGUUUGAGUCCUCACGGCUGUUGUCAUUACGUCAGUUUAUCGUCAUGUAUCGUGAGAUCGCGGAGCAAGUGGACAACCUGUCCGCCAUAAAGCCACCCCUUGGCUCGACCCCUCUCGACCUCACAGCUUCAAAGAUAUUUGAUGAGGUGGCUGCAUCUCACCUGGGCGUGGCAGAUGAGAACGAGUGUUGUAUUUGUAUGGACCGGAAGUCCGAGAUCAUCCUCUCCUGCAACCACGAGUUCUGUGAGACCUGCAUCGACUCCUGGAACGUGGCACAUAACACCUGUCCACUAUGUCGGAGUAAAGUGGAGAGUACCGAUGACACCUGGGUCCUGGCCGAGAAGCCCCAGAGCUCCGACUACGAGUCAGAAGUCAAGGGCUACCUGGUUGGUUUGGCAGAUCGGAUGCACGAGCCUCGUCACUGAUGCAAUAAAACUCCUUGACUCAUCACUUCCCACCAUCAUGCAUCCGGACACGUGUGGAGACUGUUGGGAUGGUGCAACUUGGGAAGCUCCUGUUUAGACUCCUGCAGCCCCAUGUUCUACAUGUACAUUUCAACUUGGCAAUGAAAUAUUGUAUUUCCUGGCGCUUUCAAAUUGCAUAUUGGUCAUGUUCUAGAGCUCUCUCAUUGAUCCUAGCACCUGUAGAUAUUGAAGUGCACAUGCAAGAUUUGCACCGGGUUGUAUAUAUAUUUCUGUUGUAUACAAAGCUAUUUCAUUAUUAUACUAACAUAUACUAUGACAUGAAUUGGAAUUUUUGUUAUUCCAAUUAAGGAAUUUUGCUGCAUACUUGGGAUGGAAUAUCAGCCUCUGAGCAGGUCUAGAUAAAUCCCAGGGAGACUGUUGAGAAGCUGAUUUUAGAGUCCCUAAGCCAGAUUUGGUUUAAUCUUUCAGUAUCACAAAGGAAUCUUUAAGUUCCUGGUUCAGUAUUAUAUUGGUCAUCAUUUCCCCCUGUGUAUUUGAUUGAUCCUAACACCAGCAGGUAUUGAAGCAAUCAUGCAAUAUUUGCACCAGCUUGGUUUAUCUUUCUAUGGAAUAUGUUUCUUGAUAUUUCUGAUAAAGAACAUUUCAAUCAACUGUUGACACUCCAAGGUCUGUUGAAGUAUAUUCAUGCAGCAAGCAUGUUUGACACACAGUAUGUCAUUGUUGGGAGACGUUUAAUUGUCUUUUCUAACCCCAAACUACCAGGCCCUGUCAACGGCCACAAAAUUACAAGAUAAUAAUUGAGAAAAUAUUUUUAUUUGGGCAUGACAUUUUUACAAAACUGGUAUUUUCAGUUAGGCUAUACAAUAAUAACCAAAUUUCAUCGCUUGAUUUUGUGUUUAAGGGAAAAUAUUUGUUAAAAACCGGGUGCCAAAAUGAUGGAUGACGGACUAUAGUCCACAGGGCCGUAGGAACAAAUAAGAUACCGGUAUUCCUCUUUCAGUGUUUCUUGCCUUUUGAAUGCCAAAAAAGAUUAUUAAUUGCCAUAUCGAUUAACUUAGAUGGGAUCUUAAGAUAUCACAUCAAGACUUUAGGAAUGUUUGAAAAUAUAACAUCAUGUUUCAUGAAUUGAUGAUGUAAAAGUCAUGACAUUAUGUACAUACUCUACCUGACUUUUUGUUCAUGUGAUAGUGAUAAUCAGUUUGCCAUUACGGCUGAGCCUGCAUACAACUGCAAAAUGUGCUGAGUAAGGGUUAAGGGACCAACAGUUAUUUCACCCCCCGGAAUGGGAAACACAGCCUGGAUGUGUGGAGAAGAUAAAUGGCGAGAAGCAGUUCGGUGACAGUGUUUCCAUGUUGUUGAAGUUACUGUGAGAGAGUUGGUGUUAGAUGUGCCAUUGUUGUGACUGAUUGGCAGCCCUGUGAAAUUGGACUGCUUGACGGUUUUGUCGGAAUUGGACCGCCGCCAGUGAUGUUUCAAGUAUCUACUUCUAAAAAAAAUAUGAUUGGCAUUAGAGAGUAUUCUUCCAUGAACUUCUUCCAAAUUGCCCCAGGGAAUUCUUUUUUAUGACACAUCAUUAAAAGGUCAAAGGUCAAGAGAGAGAAAAAAUAUAUAAAUUGUUGUGGUUGGCCUUUAGUAAAAGAGUAAAUACAUUUAUCAUUCAACUUGGUCUGUACCUUCUAUGGGAUGGGGCCCAGAUUUCAAGGUUGGAUGAAGAUUGUCAGAGUCAUUGCCUGGCCUGGCCUAUACGUGUAUGGGUUUGGAAUGUUUUAUUAAACGUUUUGUCAUAAUAUUUAUUUCAAUUUAUGUGUAACAUUGUAUAUACAGGCAACGGACAUGAAAUUAUUUAAUGGCAGUUUUCAUUUGUUACAAGUAGACCGGUGUCCCUGCAAUAUACUUUCAAAGAACUUUGGUUUAGGGUGUUGGACAACCGCCUUAGAUUUUGUUCUUAAUGACUCUUUCUAUACCCGGUAAUAUACAGAACUCAGUUGGAGAGCUCAUAUGCCCUACCCUCACACACUUCCAUUCUCUGAACUUGUACCAAGGUCACAUCAUUAUAUAUUUUAAAUAAAACAGUAGUUUAAAUAUUUAAUGCUGCAUAUUGAAAAGCAUCAAAUAUAUUGUGUAAGUGGUUUGUUAACUUUCCAUGGUAUUUGUAAGUAGGCAUAUAUGGUGAUAAGAAAUAGAAAGACAGAUAUGUCACAUGAAAUUCAGUAAACUACAGUUUUAACGAACUCAAAGGGACCACUUAUUUUAGUUUGUUAUAACCGUAGUUCGUUUUGAGCGUAUUUACAGCAUGAAUCUUCGGGUGCAGUGUUUGGGCUAGGGUCAUGGUAGCUUGAUUCUGUGCAUGGAAAAUCUCGCAAAGAAUUUUGCACAGUUGAAGUGUUUGCUCCACUACAAAAUUGCCAAGUUAGAGACAGUGACCAAAAGUAAAUACAAGUACUGGGCAUCAACAUGUGUGACCUUGACCUUGAGCAGUGUUCAAACCAUUUGUGACCAACUCGUGUUAUUCCAGGACAAGCCGAAUAGCGACUCGUGGCCAUUUUUGCAACCGGGUUCCGUCCUAGCGCAAACGGGC